UCCGCACCCAACGCCCCCGUUAUCAACAACUACGAGGACUUUGUACCGAUGGACCUAACGAAGCGCGGUGGAACCACGACGUCCAAGGGUUUCAGGCUGGACAAGAGAAGGCGCGACUGCAUGAUCAACCAGCGGCGGUACCGAGAACGGAAGCGAGGACGAGUUAUGCAGGUCGAACAGUACGUGCGCGACCUUUCGGACGCCACGAGCAUGAUGGAAGUGCGCGCAAGCAUGCUACGGUCCACGGUCAUCGAACAGUUUGUGCAAGCAGGACAGCACCGAUGCCGAUCGAUCUCGAGCUACCUGCGCAUGUUCCAACGUGGAUUGUUUCAACCGCACGAGGACCAAUUUACGACGCAAAUGGACCUUGUCCGCGGCGUCAUGUGCGAUUCGCUGCAAUUCAACGGCGAGGUUGGCCCCGACGCCCUCAUUCGGCAGUGGAAGUCGUACACGAUGUCGUUUCCGUACUUGUUCAUGCGUUCAGGGGAAGUGCGGGCGCAUGGAACCGAGAACGACAUCGUGAUUGCGCACAGCACGCUUGUCCUCGUGUUCACGCGGGCCACGUUGGCAGGGUUGUUUCCCCACGUCCUGGCGCGGGAAGACAUUGUCCAGCGACUCGUGGACCGAGAGAUCGAGUUCACGUUGCGCUUGUCGUUUUCGUUUGACCAUGCGCGUGUGGCGGUGAUGGAUGCGAACGUCCAGAUGGUCCCCGGGCUCGUGCGCGCGUUGGCGAGUAUUGCCGACGCGUUGUUUGUGCUCGAAGGGCCGCAAGGGGAAGCGGGGCGGUACUUCACGCCCAACGGACUCAUCGUGACGCCAGACGCACCCGAUGUGAAGCGUCGAAUAGAUUUUGUUUUGGGAUAGCAAGGGUGAUACUGUAACACUCUGUAGUGGGCAACGUGACUUCUGACACAUUGGGACCG